CAUCUGCAAGUAGUAAAGCGGCAUCAACUAGUUAGUUCUUACCAACUAAAACCGCUCCGAUGUCAUAGUAAAUUGUUGGCGUCAAAAUCAACUGCAGCAACAGUCCUGCAGGGCUAACGGAAGAUUCGGCCUAUCGCCAAGUACAUUCAAUCGUUACAUAUCGGCCAAAUCUUGCUGUAUACGGAUUAGGAGUGCGGAGCGCAUAUGGAAGUUGCCAUGGCAGGUCUCGCGGGCAUCGCUCGCAGCGCCCCGCUACUCAGGGCUGCGGCCUCAAUAGGUCUCCCAAGGUUCUGCACGACAACAACUCCUUCGUAUGGUCGCACUUCCGUAUACGUAAAGGAGGCGCUGGGCAUCCUCGAUUUCGACCCGCAGGUUGAGAAAGCCAUUCUGAAUCCCGACCGUGAAGUCAAGGUCAAUCUCGUGGUGCCGAUGGACAAUGGCGAGGUCAACAUGUACGACGCCUACCGCGUGCAGCACAACAACGCGCUGGGGCCUUUCAAGGGCGGCAUCAUAUUCCACCCUGCAGUCAACUUGGAGAACAUGCGCAGCCUGGCCUCCCUGAACACUUGGAAGUUCGCGCUGCUCAACGUGCACUUCGGCGGCGCCAAGGGCGGUGUGGCGGUGGAUCCGCGGGGGCUCAGCGAGCGGGAGGUGGAGAAGCUGACACGGAAGUAUGUGCAGGCCCUGCAGGAGGUGAUCGGCCCCCGCACCGACAUCCCCGCCCCCGACAUCAACACCGACGAGCGCCACAUGUCAUGGAUCUUCGACCAGUACUCCCGGCUGCGGGGAUUCACGCCGGCUGCAGUGACGGGCAAGCCCGUCUGGCUGCACGGCAUCGUGGGUCGCGAGUGCGCGGGCGGGCGGGGCGCCGCCUACGCCAUCCGCGAGUUCCUAACCCGCACUCUGCGUCGCAAGGUGGCGGGGUGCAGCUUCCUGGUACAGGGGUUCGGCAAGCUGGGCAGCUGGACGGCGCAGGUGCUGCAGCAGGAGAUGGGGGCAAAGAUCGUGGGUGUUUCGUGCUCCGAAACCGCGGUGUACAACGAGAACGGACUGGACGUGGCGGCGCUGCGGGAGCACGUGGUGGGGGGCGGGCUGCUCAAGGACUUCCCGGGGGGAACAGGCGUCCCCAACGACGACUCCUUCCUGGACCUCCCCGCGGACGUGUUGGUGCCCUGCGCAGUGGACGGAACCAUCCAUGCGGGCAACGCAAGCAGGUGCCUGCACUUCAAGGCGGUAGCGGAGGCCGCCAACUCCGCGCUCACGCCCGAGGCUGACUCGCUGCUGCGGGCGGCGGGUGUUCCGGUGCUGCCCGACCUGCUGGUGAACGGGGGCGCAGUGGUGGUGUCGUUCUUUGAGUGGGUGCAGAACAACCAGAACUUGCAGUGGGAGGAGGACGCCGUACGACGAGAGCUUGACAGGUACAUAACCGACGCGUACGACGCACUGCUCCGGGAGCAGCAGCAGUACGGCAGCGGAAUCUCCCUGCGUACGGCGGGCUAUCUGGUGGCCCUCAAACGUCUUCAGCGGGCAGAGCAGGUCCGAGGGCACUCGUAAGCUACAAGAUGUGGUGGUGUGCCGUACAAGGUGUGCUGUACAAGGAGAUGUGCCGUAGAGGGAGGUGUGCCGUACAUCCGUUAUGCUGCUAGCUUGCCUGCAUGGCACUCUGGUAACGACCAAUGUUAUCAUUUUUUCCCGAGGCUUGUGUUCGUAUAGCACAUAUAUCUUUUAUGAUAUGGGCUAUACGAACGCUAAAUUGGCGAGGAUUUCGGUUGAGUGGUUGACGAGGGGUAUAGUCUUGGCGGUGGUCGCGUUGUUAGGUGGUAAGAACCUGGAGGGUCCAGCGGAGUCCGCCGGAUUUGGUGCGAGGUUGCACACCGCUAUGGAAGUGUAUCUUUUUCAGGACCCACAGUGAACAUAAUGUCCUCGUUUAGGGCAGGAGCAAUUUAAGGAAGAUAACGUGUUUGGGGGUUGCGGCGGUUGAAGUUUGUACGGUGUUGGGGUGCAGCGUUGACUUCGGAGGUGCCAGCAGUUGUGGUACCGGUGGGUGUGGCGGGAUCCGGUACCCGCAUAGUGGUCUAGGCUGUAGCGAGUGGCAGAUUGUUGAGGACGGGUGUUGAGCAUGAAGGGCUGGCUUGUUAUCUUCCAG